GAAGAACUUGGUAUUGUCGGUUAUACUAAUUAAGAAAUGGCAGAAGAAGCUGAUAAAAAUGCAAGUGUAUCUCCAAAAGUUUGAAGAAUUUCAUGGUCCCUUAGAAGAUGUUCCAAGUGUGUUAAUACAGAAAUUCAUCGAUAGUAGGGUAAAGAAAAUUUGGUUUACUGGUGAGGGACUACCAUUAUUUUUGAAUGUCUCUCUUCAACAAUUGCAUGAGAUUUUUGUUAAAAAAUCAGCUAGUGACAAUCAGUGCCUAUGUCUAGAAUCAAAAGUAAAACAAGGAAAAUUAUCACAGAUAUAUAUACAUCACAGCAAAUAA